AUGCAAGUGAAUGAAGAUAGUAAUACUGGCAACGAUUUCUUGAAAUAUCCGCUUGCUCGGAAAGAUGAUUCAGUUGUGGAUGAUUUCCAUGGUACUAAGGUGGCAGAUCCUUAUCGAUGGCUGGAAGAUCCAGAUUUGAAUGAGACAAAAGAAUUCGUCCAAGUGUUGAAUUCAAUCUCUCAGUCAUUUGUUGCAAGUUCACCUUACAGGGAAAAACUUCGGAAAAGAUUGACAGAACUUUGGGAUCAUGAAAAAUUUGGUUGUACUACCAGAAGAGGUGAAUAUUACUAUUAUUACCAUAAUUCGGGAUUGCAGAACCAAAGCGUCUUAUAUCGUCAAAAAACAUUGCUUGAUAAAAGUGAGGUAUUUCUUGAUCCGAACAAACUCUCCGAAGAUGGCACUACCGCUAUACGUGAUGAAUCUUUCUCUCAUGAUGGUUCCAUAUUGGUAUAUGGUCUUUCACAAAAAGGCAGUGAUUGGAUGACAUUAAAAUUUAAAAAAGCUGAUGGUACCAAUUUGAACGAUACAGUAGUAGGAGUUAAACACGGCAACCUAGAUUGGCUGAUCGAUAACAGUGGAGUUUUUUACUCGAAAUAUCCCGAACAUAAAAAUGCACUGGAAGGAUCGUCGACAGAAAAGCACGAAUACCAUUCAUUAUAUUUUCACAAAUUAGGCACUCCACAGAGUGAUGAUGUUUUGGUCGCUGAUUUUCGAUCUCAUCCUGAAUAUAUGUGUUCGGGUAGCGUAACAGAAGAUGGUCGUUAUUUGAUUGUGGAUGUUAGUCGAGGUUGUGAUCCCUAUAACAUGAUUUACUAUUACGAUAUUCAAGAAGCGCAACAGAAAAUUACGGGUAAAGUAUCCUUGAAGCCACUUUUCGAUAAAUUGGAUGCGAAAUAUGAACUUAUUGAUAAUGAUGGUGAUACAGCAUUAAUUCUAACGAAUCACAAUGCGCCAUUAUCCAAACUAAUAAGAGUGAAGAUGUCAACAGCCAACGAAGGACCUUCUGCAUGGGAAACAGUGAUACCGGAAGACAAAAAUAAUAAUUUAGAAUGGUUGGCAAAUGUUGGUGGAGAUCGUUUGGUGGUUUCAUAUGUAGAGGAUGUUAAGAAUAAACUUUAUGUGUAUUCUCCAAAAACGGGCCAGCGUUUGUAUGAAAUACCAUUGGAAAUAGGAACAAUAUCAGGAUUUUUUGGACGUAAAGAUCAUACAGAGAUGUUCCUGCGGUUUGAUUCAUUUCUUACGCCAGGUGUUAUUUACUAUGUUGAUUUCAAGGGCAUAGAACCGUCACAUCCAGUCAAGUUAAAGGAAAUUCGAAGAAUCAAUGUGAAGGGCAUAGAUACUGGCAAAUUCACCGUAAAACAAGUUUUUUGUAAAAGCAAAGAUGGGACAAAGGUCCCAAUGUACAUCGUUCACAACAAAAAAUUGGAGUUGGAUGGGAAUAACCCAACCUUGCUUGAGGGAUACGGAGGAUUUAACAUUGCUGAAAUGCCACAUUUCUCCGUCUCGCAUAUGUUAUUCAUGGAUAACUUUAAGGGUGUCUUUGCAUUAGCUAAUUUACGUGGUGGAAGUGAGUAUGGUGAAAAGUGGCAUGAAGACGGAAUGCGAGAACGAAAACAAAAUGUCUUUGAUGAUUUCAUAGCUGCUGCUGAAUAUCUUAUCAAUAAUAACUAUACAUCAUCACGAAGAUUAGCUAUACACGGUGGUUCAAAUGGUGGCUUAUUGGUUGCUGCGGUUUCGCAGCAACGUCCAGAACUUUUUGGUGCUGUUGUAAAUCAAGUCGGUGUACUUGAUAUGUUACGAUAUCAUAAAUUUACAAUUGGUAAUGCAUGGAUACCGGAAUUUGGUAAUCCUGAUGAAGCAUCUGAUUUUGAAUUCCUUUAUAAAUAUUCUCCACUUCAUAAUAUCGAAAUUCCGAAUAAAGGCUAUCAGUGGCCAUCUACAAUGCUUACGACAGCUGAUCACGAUGAUCGUGUUGUACCUUCACAUUCCCUGAAAUAUAUAGCCCGCCUGUACGAAGCUGCUCAAUCAGCAAAUGGCUUCCAGAAAAACCCGCUCAUUAUACGAAUAGAUGUGAAAGCCGGCCAUAGAGCUGGCAAGCCCACCAGCAAACUUAUCGCCGAAAUAGUGGAUGUGUAUUGUUUUCUGCAAAAAGUGUUAGAUCUGAAAUGGCAUGAAAGUGAGUGA